GGAUGCCACUGCUGAGCCUGUCCUGGCUGGGCCUGGGGCACACAGCAGCCUCUCCAUGGCUGCUGCUGCUGCUGGUUGGAGCCUCCUGCCUCCUGGCUUACAUCCUGCCUCAGGUUUAUGCUGUCUUUGAGAACUCUCGUCGCCUCCGCUGUUUUCCGCAGCCCCCCACACGAAACUGGCUCUCUGGACACCUAGGCCUGAUCCAGAGCUCAGAGGAAGGGCUCCUGUACAUCCAGAGCCUGUCGAGAACCUUCAGGGAUGUUUGCUGCUGGUGGGUGGGGCCGUGGCACCCCGUUAUCCGCAUAUUCCACCCUGCCUUCAUCAAGCCCGUGAUCUUGGCUCCAGCUUCAGUUGCCCCCAAGGACAGAGUCUUCUACCGUUUCCUGAGGCCGUGGCUGGGGGAUGGCCUCCUGUUGAGUACUGGUGACAAGUGGAGCCGCCACCGUCGCAUGCUGACACCUGCCUUCCAUUUCAACAUCCUGAAGCCCUAUGUGAAGAUUUUUAACGACAGCACCAACAUCAUGCACGCCAAGUGGCAGCGCCUGGCUUCCAAGGGCAGUGCCCGUUUGGACAUGUUUGAGCACAUCAGCCUCAUGACCCUGGACAGUCUGCAGAAGUGCGUUUUCAGCUUUGACAGCAAUUGCCAGGAGAAGCCUAGUGAAUAUAUCACUGCCAUCUUAGAACUUAGUGCCUUAGUGGCCAGACGGCACCAGAGUCUGCUUCUGCAUGUGGACCUGUUUUAUUACCUCACCCGUGAUGGGAUGCGCUUCCGGAAGGCCUGCCGCCUAGUGCAUGACUUCACGGAUGCUGUCAUCCAGGAGCGGCGCCGUACCCUCCCUGAUCAGGGUGGUGAUGAUGCCCUUAAAGCCAAGGCCAAGACCAAGACUUUGGACUUCAUUGACGUGCUACUGCUGAGCAAGGAUGAACAUGGCGAGGCUCUGUCUGAUGAGGACAUCCGAGCAGAGGCUGACACCUUCAUGUUUGGAGGCCACGACACCACGGCCAGUGGGCUCUCCUGGAUCCUGUACAACCUGGCGAAGCACCCGGAAUACCAGGAGCGCUGCCGGCAGGAGGUGCGGGAGCUCCUGAGGGACCGUGAGCCUGAGGAGAUUGAAUGGGACGACCUGGCCCAACUGCCAUUCCUCACCAUGUGCAUUAAAGAGAGCCUGCGGCUGCAUCCUCCGGCCACGGCAAUCUCCCGCUGCUGCACUCAAGACAUUAUGCUCCCAGAUGGCCGGGUCAUCCCUAAAGGCGUCAUCUGCCGAAUAAGUAUUUUCGGGACCCAUCACAAUCCAGCUGUGUGGCCAGACCCGGAGGUGUAUAACCCCUUCCGCUUUGAUGCAGACAACGUCAAGGGCAGGUCACCCCUGGCUUUUAUUCCUUUCUCGGCUGGGCCCAGGAACUGCAUAGGACAGACUUUCGCCAUGAGUGAGAUGAAAGUGGCUUUGGCGCUGACUCUGCUACGCUUCCGUGUCCUGCCCGAUGACAAGGAACCACGCAGGAAGCCAGAGCUGAUCCUGCGUGCAGAGGGUGGGCUGUGGCUGCGGGUGGAGCCUCUCAGCGCAGGAGCGCAUUGACCCCACAGCUGGCCUGGAAACUGCCCCAUUCACCCACCCGGCCUGCGUUUUUCCAGGAAUAAAAAUAUCUUGUGUGAGCUUCACCAAGCAUCCAGGUUACACACCUCAUGUGAGCCACAGGGAGCCGUGGAAGGUGUUUGAGCGGUAGAAGGAUUUAAGGGACAUGAAGAUUAAUAUUGUCACCCGGGAGGCAAGGCACACCCGUGAGGGAUUAUCUGGAUAAAUCAACUGAAGUGGAAUGAUCCGUCCUAAUCCUAACUGUAGGUGGCAUUCUGGGUUGAAUUUCAAAAAAGUGUGGCCUAGAUUAGAGAUGGCUCUUCUCAGCUCAGAUGAUCUAAUCAAGAAAAUUUUCUUAGCGGUAUGUCAAACAGCUUGGGUUUUAGUUAAUUACAGAUGUAGUCGAAUUGAAAACCAAGAAUGGCCACCACAGCCAGACUACCUAACCCUUCCCAAACGUUUCCAACACAUGAGCCUAUGUGGUCAUCCUCACCCAAAUCACCACAGGCUUACUUUUGAGGAUGUGCCAUUCCAGCAACUGGGCAUGCGUGUUAGUCAGGGCUCUCUAGACUCACAGAACUUAUGGAAUGUCUCUAUAUAUUAAGGAGAUUUAUUGGAAUGACUUCUGUAGUCUGUAGUCCUAAGGCCAAUUCUUUUAAGUUCAGACUCCAUUUUAGAGAACCUGACCUAAGUCUGAACUCAGGUAAACUAACAGGCUGGUACCCAGCAUUAGUUUCCAAGUUGCCCCCCUCCCCACAACAAAAACAAAGACUAGCUCCAGCCUCUAGGCUAAUCCCCAAUAAGACCAGCAUUUUCAGGUUACACCCUCAACAAGACCAGCGUCUCUAAGUUCUUCCCCCAACAAACUUACACCCCCAGGUUGCAAGCCCACCCCCCCCCCCCCACCCCACCCCCGCUGAAUGACCACCAAUGCAGAAGGCAGCAGAAAUUAGGUUUUUGGUGCGAUUCCCAACACCAGACAAUUAUGUCAAAGGCGAGGUAGCUUUCCAAUUAGAUGUUUGCACACUCACCACCCCCCUUGCUUACUACAAAGUUACUACAAAGCCGUGCCCCAUAGAUAUUCAGCCCCUCCGUCCCCAUCGAAACCGUCCUGUGUGACAGUGGUGCAUUGGAGGGGCCCAAGCUAGCUCCAAUGAAAUAAAGACCCUGCUGUGAGUUGCA